AUGGAUCAGAAAGCACAACCCAUCAUCAUCGUCGGCGGAAACGUGGUCGGCCUCUCCGCUGCCUUGAGCCUCGCUGUCCAACAUGUGCCUACUGUGGUCAUAGAGAAACAUCAAGCGAUCUCUCAACACCCACGCGCCAUGGGUUUCACUCCGAGGACCAUGGAGAUCUUUCGCACAUUUGGUGUCGCUCACCAAAUACCUCAAGUACCCCGUGAUUUCGAAUUGAAACGUGCCCGCGUGGACAGCCUGAACGGGGAAGUGCACCGUGAUAAGCCUUCCAGAGCCCCAACAGACGCUGAUUCUCCUCCGAAGGAGUAUUCGCAGUUCUCCGGGGCUGCUAUCCCUCAAGAUCAACUCGAGGCUAUUCUUGAAGAUGCGGCCCUGCGACAUGGUGUGGAUAUCCGGCGAGGGCUUACUGUUGUGCGCAUUGAACAAGAUGCGACUGGGGUAGCAGUGACUGCUACCGAUGCGGAGGGCAACAUAUCCCAGCUUCGCAGCCCUUAUCUGAUCGCUGCGGACGGCAGCCACAGUGCCAUUCGGGAGCAAAUGAACAUUAGACGUCAAGGUCGAGGGCCCAUGCAGACCAUGCGCAGUGUGCUCUUCCGGGCCGCCUUGGACGCAUAUACGAAGGGUGUACUACAGUUUACCAUCGAGCAGCCUGACCUCAAAGCUUUCCUGACCACCUACUCGGAUGGCCGCUGGGUUCUCAUGUUCUACGACGACAUUGACCGAGACGAGCAGGCCCUUCUCACCGAGAUCCAUAAAGCCAUUGGGCGUGACGAUGUUGCUCUAGCAGCUCUCAUCGCAGACAGAUUCCAGUCAGGACGGAUCUUCAUCGCCGGCGACGCGGCGCACACGUUGCCUCCUAACCGCGGGGGCUACGGAGCGAACGCGGGCAUUCACGAUGCAGACAAUCUUGCGUGGAAACUGGCAUCAGUGUUAUCUGGCCAGUCGACCCCGGAACUCCUCGAUACCUAUGAACUUGAACGGCGUCUCAUCGCACAACUCCGACAUGACCAGAUAUUCGUCCGGUCCGAUUACAAGAUCCAUCUGAACGAGCACGCGAUCCCGGGUCAGAAACUGGACAAUGACGCGAUGGAAUUCGGCGAGCUUUAUGAGUCGAGAGGCUUCGUUGGUCUCAGUGACGACCUGCCCCCAGCGAAGAAGCCCGAUGACUGGGCAGGCCAGCCGGCGGUCAUCGGAAGGGAGCACUGGUCCCUUGUUUCGGAGAAUUGUGAGUGGAAGCAGGUUGUUGGCCGGGUCAAUCAGUGGUCGAGUGUGUCGUUGGAGUGCCUUCACAUUGGGGGUGACAUUGAUAUUUCUGAUACCCAGGUGUUUCGUCAAGCUAUGGGGUUGUCCGAUAAGGGUGCCUCUCUGAUUCGACCAGAUGGGUAUAUCGCAUGGCGAACCACAGAUAUGCCGCCUGAACCGUCCAAGAUUUUCUAUGAAGUCCUCUCUCAGGUCUCAUUUGCUAAAAUAUGA